UAUACAGGGGUUUUUGUGCUGCUCCAGUGCUUCACUUUCACAGAAAUGAACUCAAAAGAGAAAUGCAAAGGAUCCAUAUCUUCCCAGAAACUUACUGUACCUUAUUGCCGCUGGGGCUCAACUCAGACUCCUCUAAGUGCUGCCUCUGUUCUGGAAAAUAAUGCCAACCCCUAUAAUAACAAAACUUUUGAAAUGGCAAGACCAAAAAUUUUUCAGCAAGAUUCUUGGUUAGAAGAAAGGUUCUAUAAGUUACCUGAAACACCACGUUAUGAAAUAUCCAAACCUAUGUUUUCUCAGAAGGCUGUCAAAACUUACAGGGCUUAUGUCUACCUAUCUCCAUGUUACACUGUGGAACAAGAAGAGAAAAUAAGCGUUGCUGAGUUGUUGUCUGGGAUUGACUCGCUGUGUAGAGCUCGGAAGAAUGAGGAAAAAAAGGAGAAAUUUUCCUAUCUCAGCAGAUCCCUGGAUUUACCUAGUUCUUCUCCUGGGCCAAGUGAUACUCCUGGGUUUCAGAUCACACACAAAGGUAAAUCAUACUGGGACUGGAGAGGCGUGGUUGCACCAAUUCCUGUGAAGGAGAAUGAUCAGAUGAGCCAAAAAAACAUGAGACUGAAGAAGAUAGACUUCCAAACCAACAAAAAGAAACGUGCUGCAUCGGGUGGUAAACUAGAAAGGAAAAAAAUGAGUGAUAAAUGCCUUUCCCUUCAAACGCAGAAGAAGCUAAGGAAGAAUGUAACUCACCCAGAAAUCUUUGAAGCUGUUUGUGGUAGUAAAAAGCAUCCUAGGAACAGAGAAGAACUUAAAGCAGUCAUUUGCAUUCAAAGAUAUGUGAGAGGGUGGCUUGUACGUAGGGCAUACAAGAGAGUAAAGAUUAAGUCAGCAAGUCAUGGGUCAUCCUUACUAGCAGCUGUAAAACGUUACCGUAACAUGAUGGCACGCAUUAAAAGUCGAGCUGGUGUCUUGGAUCUGUCUACACCACUUCAUUAUUGUGAAUUAGAGGAGUGGAUGGACAAGAAAAAAUUUUAUGAAGCAAUGUUUUCCAAGAGAGCGUUUGGCCAAAAAAUGGACAGAGAUCAUCUACCUGAAUUUUUUAGAGACUGUGGAUAUUUUAUACCUGCCAGCGGAGUACAGCGGGUCUUUCAGCUGGUCUUUCCAGCUUCUGGGGAACAAACUGAGUUUCCUUUAGGUCAAAUGAAUUUCAUCGGAGAUGGUUCUCUAGAUGUUUCUGUAUAUACCUUGCUUGGUGAAGUGGGAAGAAAAGUGAACGGCUUGGUUAUUAGCUAA